AUGGUGGACCUUGGCAACAGCUCGGUGGACUUCUACCCCAAGCAGGAGCCGCCGGAGACUGGCCAUGCCGGGGAAUUUGUCUGCACGCCGCAGGAACUCUGCUCCCUCAUGGAGAUCCGGGGGCCAGAGGCGCUGCAGAAGAUACGGGAGUCGUAUGGAGACGUCACCGGCCUGUGCCACAGGCUCAGGACCUCGGCCUUGGAAGGGCUCUCGGACAAUCCGGCACAGUUCGAGCGGCGGAUCCAUUUCUAUGGAAGAAAUCUAAUCCCUCCAAAGAAAGCGAAGACCUUCCUACAUCUCGUGUGGGAGGCUCUGCAAGAUGUAACGCUGAUUAUACUGGAGGUUGCAGCAGUCGUCUCCCUGGGCCUGUCCUUUUACCAGCCUGGCCGUGACAUGGAUGAUGUGUGCUUGGGCACCGACCCGGCGCCGGAGGAGGAGGGCGGCGGCGAGGCUGGCUGGAUCGAGGGGGUGGCCAUCCUCCUGUCUGUCCUGUGCGUGGUCCUGGUCACCGCCUUCAAUGACUGGAGCAAGGAGAGGCAGUUCCGGGGCCUGCAGAGCCGCAUCGAGCAGGAGCAGAAGUUCAGCGUGGUCCGGCACGGCCAGGUGGUGCAGAUCCCCAUCGCCGACAUCACCGUGGGUGACCUCGCACAGAUUAAAUACGGUGACCUCCUCCCCGCGGACGGCAUCCUCAUUCAGGGCAACGACCUCAAGAUGGACGAGAGCGCGCUCACCGGGGAGUCGGACCACGUGCGCAAGUCGGCGGACAAAGACCCAAUGCUGCUCUCCGGCACCCACGUGAUGGAAGGUUCCGGACGCAUGCUAGUGACCGCCGUGGGGAUCAACUCGCAGACCGGGAUCAUCCUCACUCUCCUCGGGGCCGGGGUCGAAGAGGAGGAAAAGAUGGGGAAGAAAGCCAAGAAGCAGGACGGUGCUGUCUCCAGGGAGAAGCAGCCGCUGAAGAGCACCGAGGGGGGCGAGGCGGACGAGCGGAAAAAGAAAAAGACCCACGCCCCCAGGAAGGAGAAGUCGGUGCUCCAAGGAAAGUUGACCAAGUUGGCUGUGCAGAUUGGCAAAGCAGGGUUGAUCAUGUCUGCGAUUACUGUCAUCAUCUUGAUCCUGUCGUUUGCCAUCAAGACGUUUUGGGUGGAGGGCAGUGUCUGGCUUUCGGAAUGUACCGCGGUCUACAUCCAGUAUCUGGUCAAGUUUUUCAUCAUCGGGGUCACCGUGCUGGUGGUGGCAGUCCCCGAGGGACUCCCGCUGGCCGUCACCAUCUCGUUGGCCUACUCCGUCAAGAAAAUGAUGAAGGAUAACAACCUUGUCAGGCACCUGGACGCGUGUGAGACUAUGGGGAACGCCACUGCCAUCUGCUCUGACAAGACUGGCACCCUCACCACCAACCGCAUGACCGUGGUCCAAGCCUUCGUGGGAAACCUAUUCUACAAGGAAGUUCCCAAGCCCGGCAAAAUCCGGGCUGAGACCCUGCAGCUCCUGACGUACGCCAUCACUGUCAACUGUGCCUACACCACCAAGCUCCUGCCUCCAGACAUCAAAGGCGGUCUGAUGCGUCAGGUUGGGAACAAGACCGAGUGUGCCCUGCUGCACUUUCUGAAGAACCUGCACAAGGAUUACCAGGAGAUUCGAAAACAGAUCCCUGAGGAGCAGCACUACAAGGUCUACACCUUCAACUCUGUGCGCAAAUCGAUGAGCACCGUCAUCCGCAUGCCUGAUGGACAAUUCCGGCUGUUUUGCAAGGGAGCCUCAGAGAUAGUCCUCAAGCUGUGUGACACCAUCCUGGACGAAGCGGGGAAUAUCUCCAGCUUCACUCCUCAGCACCAGGAAGAAGUGAUGAAGAGCACGAUCGAGCCCAUGGCCAGCCAGGGGCUCAGGACCAUCUGCAUCGCCUACCGGGACUUCAAGGCCAGCCCCGAACCCAACUGGGACAACGAGAGCGAGAUCGUUAGGAACCUGACCUGCCUCAGUGUGGUGGGGAUCGAGGACCCCGUCCGGCCUGAGGUGCCGGAUGCUAUCCGGAAGUGCCAGCAAGCUGGUAUCACAGUCCGCAUGGUGACGGGCGAUAAUAUCAGCACCGCGCGUGCCAUCGCCUCCAAGUGCGGCAUCAUUCAGCCCGGCGACGACUUCCUCUGCCUCGAGGGGAAGGAAUUCAACGCACUGAUUCGGAACGAGAACGGAGAGAUCGAGCAGGAGCGUCUGGACAAAGUGUGGCCCAGGCUGCGUGUGCUGGCCCGCUCCUCUCCGACAGACAAGCACACGCUGGUAAAAGGGAUCAUCGACAGCACCAUCGGGGAGCAGCGGCAAGUGGUGGCGGUGACCGGUGAUGGAACGAACGACGGUCCAGCCCUGAAGAAAGCCGAUGUGGGCUUUGCAAUGGGGAUUGCAGGGACUGAUGUGGCCAAGGAGGCUUCGGACAUCAUCGUGACAGAUGACAACUUCUCCAGCAUCGUGAAGGCCGUCAUGUGGGGUCGGAAUGUCUACGACAGCAUCUCCAAGUUCCUGCAGUUCCAGCUAACCGUCAAUGUGGUAGCUGUCAUCGUGGCUUUCACUGGCGCCUGCAUCACACAGGUGAGCGACCAGGAGGAGGCGCAGCACACGCGCGGACAACCAGACGGGUCGGAGAUUCACAGCGCCUGA